AUGCAAGACAACACCGGUGACAGCAACACGCCGUACGUGGCGGUGAUGAAGCCCGUCCUCGACUGGUCGCCAAAUACCGUGUACGUAGCCCCCCCCCCCUCCCCUCCGCCACAGCAUCCGUGCAUGGCAUGCCACUACCAGCUGCAGCAACAGCAAGAGCAGCCCUACACGUUGUCUGCCUACAUAGCAGCACCGCUCGGGUUGCCAGCACUCUGCCCCCCCCCCCUCCCUCCCUCCCGCGCCGCACUCGUACUCCUAUGUGCCUGCCGCCAGCUACGCGGCGGGAAGCAGCUGUCCCGGCAGAGGCAACACCGACAGUCCGCUGCCGUAUCCGCAGCAGCUCGAUGCUGCACCAGGGUAUGGCGCGGAGCAGGUGUCCCCGCUGUGGAACACAGGCCUCUUCGGCCUCGUCACGGACAUCCCCUCUGCCAUGGACUCCGUCAUGUGUAUAUACUGUAUCAACAGCACGCACUUCAACUACCUGUACCGCCAGCAGCGCGGCAUGUUCGAUCCGAUUACCGCUGCGCUCCUGUGCUUCGAUGUUUGCUGGUGCAUGCAGCUGUGGCCCGUUGUCACGCCGCUGUCGUCCAUCACCCUGCGCACAUUCAUCAUCCGCCAAGAGUUGCGGAAGCGCUAUGGCCUCGUCGGCAACGACCUGUUCGUGAAGACGGAUCGCCUCAGUGUCGACGCUGCAGCGGCGACAGAGGAGGAGGAGGGGGGCGAGGCGGGUGCACAAGCUGA